AUGGCCCAACAACUGAGCGAUAUGGGCCGCGUUUCACCCAUCUCUGAGUGGCACAUCGCAGCUUCCCCAUGGGCGCCGUUUCUUCCAGGCGCAAGGCCGGAGGUUCCUGCCGAGGACGUGGGAGAGACAAUGGCCGAGGACUGGGCGGCGGUGCCUUACGAGGAUAUGGGGGAGGAUGGGAUGCCGAGCAUCCGCGCGGACUGGCGCCUUCUGGACGCCGCCCCCUUUGCGCCCGGCGCUCCUCACCAGCCCCGUCCUCGAGCGGCCAGCGAGAGCCCGCCGUCGGGCCAUCCCGAGGCGCUCCCGGAGGCGCCCGGCCAAGAGGUGCCUAAUACCCCCGACGCAGCGGCCGCUGAGCAUUCGCAGGCCAUCCAUCAUCAGACUGGCAGCCAUGCGCCGCUCGGAACGGAAUACCCCGCCGCACACCCGGCGCCGAUCCCGGCCUGA